GGCGGGGCGGGGCCUGCGCGCUGGACCCCGGGCUUCGGCGGGCGCCGCUGAGAAGUGCCUGUCCGCAGCCGCGGUCGUUUAUAUACCUUCCCGCGCGGGCGCCGGCGCCGCCAACGGAAGGCGGGUGGGGCAGCGCGUGAUUUGACGUACACACGGCAGGAUUUUGCAGUGGUUAACGGAAGCCGACGCCCCCUUCCGUGGACGCCCGGGCAGAAGUGCGGCGUUGGGAGAUGCGCUGAGCGCCCGGUCCCCCCGGGGACCCGGCCCUUGCCCCAGCCGCCUCGCUGACAGUUUGUGCUGCCCUUCCGGAGGCGACUCCUGCCCUCCCCGGCCCUCUAGAGGGCUCGGGGCGGAACCUCCUCUUUGGCUCCCAAGUGCUGUAGCUCAGCAGCCUCACCGGAACCCCGGGGGUCUCUUCCCUCCCGCAGGCUCCCGCGCCAUGAAGGUGAAGAUCAAGUGCUGGAACGGCGUGGCCACGUGGCUCUGGGUGGCCAACGACGAGAACUGCGGUAUCUGCCGGAUGGCCUUCAAUGGCUGCUGCCCGGACUGCAAGGUGCCCGGCGAUGACUGCCCGCUGGUGUGGGGCCAGUGCUCUCACUGCUUCCACAUGCACUGCAUCCUCAAGUGGCUCCACGCGCAGCAGGUGCAGCAGCACUGCCCCAUGUGCCGCCAGGAGUGGAAGUUCAAGGAGUGAGGCCACUGCCAGACGCCGCCCCCACCCUGGGAACUGUCCCCCUCGGCCUGUGACGGGGUUGAAAUGAGGACUGGAGCUGCAUUUGUUUUUUUCCAUCACAACAUUGACACUUUUAUCCAAUAAGUAAAACUCAUUAAACCACCUGAGCCUGGU